AUGAAGCCCGUCGUCAGCGCCAUGCACGCUUGGUCGUGCACCGUCAUAUCUGUCUUUGCCAUCAUCAUCCUCAGCAUUCUUGCCGGGCUGUACCGCAGUGGACAUGAGGAGUUUGUCGGAGGCGUUGCGGACCCCAGCCCCGAGGAAGGCAAGGCGGUAGCUGGAACCAUCUUCACAGCCGUCAUUGUCUACGCAGUUUUCCUUGUGUUCUGCGGUUUCCAGGGACUACUGCACGUCCGCGAGAACCGAAGAGGCACCAUCGCCCUAUAG